CCGGACCCCAGUGAGUGUGGUCCACCUCCUAUAGAAAGGAACAUAUUAUCUAUUGCUCCCUUCAAUUUAUCUACGUUCACUCGUUCAAUAUGAAUGAACCUGAAGCUUGCAAGAUGAAUGGCAUCGGCUCUCAGUGCCCUUCCAUUUCUAUAUUUCCGUACAAUGACUUGAAGCCCCCGAUCAGCUCAACUAAGCUGCUGUGGCUCUCCAAAUUCAGUAAAUAUGAACCUGCUACUUGUGGGUUUCUCUGUAUGCAUAAGCGGAACAGAGUAUUUUGGUUUCCGACCAGAGUUACCUCCGCUCCUUUUUUUCUAGCCGCCACUUCGCCGCCGCCCAAUUCAGGAGACUUCUCAGUCCUGUUUCAAACAAGUGCAGUGAUGCUUUUGAUGUACUGGAUUGCAAAUUUCGUUGUGCCAUGGUGGGUUCUAAAAGAUCUUGAAGUUGACAAAACAAAUGACGAGAGGAAGCGAGACAGAGAAAAUUCUUCAGACAACCGGUAAGGGAGCAGACAAGGAAGAAGAACGUCAAGUUCUGGCCAGAAAAGAAGCGGCUUUUACGGCACGAUGCAAUGACAGCAGAGGAUGUUCAGAGAUUUAUCCAUUCUUGUUUCGUCAGCAGUUGAUAUUCUUGCAUCUAAGACAUUGGAACUUGUUAGUAUGCGUAUUAUCCUUCUUUGUGGAACAAAAUCUCUUUGCUAGUCCUCUUGAUCAACGGAGCUCCUCCCAAAAGAUGCUAUCGGAGUGCAUGUUUGCAAUGUCUGUUUUCUGCGAAAAAUUUGUCAUAUCCAACUCCUACGUUUUCCAUUUCUAAUCCCUUGAAAAAAUCAGUAAAGAUGGCAUCUGGGCAUUGCUUUUA